GCAGCCCAGGACCGCGCCACGAGGGUUGCGGGGCGCGGCGGCCGGCGCGCGCGGUGCGUAGCCCUCCCGGGCGGGCCCUGGGUCCCGGCGCGGCCCGCGGGCGAGGGAGGGCGACCCCUCGCAGAGGCCGGGCCCGCGGGUGCCCGAGGGGUGCGCGGCGCGGCGGGGCGCAGCCCAAAGUUGGGACGCCGCGGGCGCAGCGGCUCGGGGCGAGGCGCCGCCGCCUGCCUCCCCCGCCCGGGCGCCGACCCCGGACCCCGGACUCUGACCUGUCUCCCCACAGGCCGGGGCAGCUGAUGUUCCUGGCCGAGGUCGCUCCAGGUAGCCGGGCCCGCCCCCUCCUCCCCGCCUGCCUCCCGUCCUCCCCCUGCUCCACCACCCUGGCUCCCCUCCCUCAUGACCGCCUGGAUCCUCCUUCCUGUCAGCCUGUCCGCUUUCUCCAUCACGGGCAUAUGGACUGUGUAUGCCAUGGCCGUGAUGAACCGCCACGUGUGCCCCGUGGAGAACUGGUCCUACAAUGAGUCCUGCUCUCCUGACCCUGCUGAGCAAGGGGGCCCCAAGACCUGCUGCACUUUGGACGAUGUCCCCCUCAUCAGCAAAUGCGGCACGUAUCCCCCCGAGAGCUGCCUCUUCAGCCUCAUUGGGAAUGUGGGUGCUUUCAUGGUGGCCCUGAUCUGCCUCCUGCGGUAUGGGCAGCUUCUGGAGCAGAGCCGGCACUCCUGGGUAAACACCACAGCACUCAUCACAGGCUGUACCAACGCCGCAGGCCUCGUGGUGGUUGGCAACUUUCAGGUGGAUCACGCCAAGCCUCUGCACUACGUGGGAGCGGGUGUGGCCUUCCCUGCAGGGCUGCUCUUCGUCUGCCUGCACUGUGCCCUCUCCUACCAUGGGGCCACCACCCCCCUGGACCUGGUGGUGGCCUACCUGCGCAGCGUGCUGGCUGCCAUCGCCUUCAUCAGCCUGGUCCUCAGUGGCGUCUUCUUCGUCCACGAGAGCUCCCAGCUGCAGCACGGGGCGGCCCUGUGUGAGUGGGUGUUCGUCAUCGACAUCCUCAUUUUCUAUGGCACCUUCAGCUACGAGUUUGGGGCAGUGUCCUCAGACACGCUGGUGGCUGCUCUGCAGCCUGCCCCUGGCCGGGCCUGCAAGUCCUCGGGGAGCAGCAGCACCUCCACCCACCUCAACUGCGCCCCCGAGAGCAUCGCCAUGAUCUGAGACCCGGAGGGUGGCUGGCCCGCCUCCGCGGCACCCCGCCCCUUAUCUUCUUUGCGUUUAUUUUGUACCAAAAACCAUUUUCAGAAAGUAUUCUGUUGGGAUCUGGGCGUCCUCCCUCCUGGAGAAGGGGCCACCCCACGCCUGCCCGUGCCGCCUGGCACAGUGCUGCUGGUGUGAACCCAGCCCGGUCCUCACUCCCCAGCCAGCCCUCAGGUGCCUUCUCCCAGUGCUGGAGCCAGACUACUGGGGUUUCCUGCUGCAGGAAUUGGGGGCUGGGACAGCAGGGGAUGCAAGCCUGGGGGCAGGAAGAGCCCACCCCUGGGCCCACCAAGCUGCACUGGGGUCUUCACUCUGCCCCUCACUUCCUUUAGGGCAAAUAACACAGCAGAACCACAUGGGUAUUUUAGUACUUUUUUAUAUCUAUUAAAAGAAUUCUAAUUUGCA